AACUGGAGUACCCUUUAACUGUUAGAUGCUCAGUCAGAGUUGAUGUGGCCAUUGUGCCUGGUAGUUAGUCAUGCUGCUUCUGUACAUUUUUUGCAUUUUCUUUCAGUUUAGAAUUUCAUCCCAACAGUUCCCCCGACCUUGUGCCACGGCAGAGGUCCUCCGAACAAAGCAGUGCUGUCCGGUGUGGGAAGGAGACGGAUCAAUCUGUGGUGCCCGAUCAGGCAGGGGGUUCUGCCAAGAUGUUGUCAUCUCCGACCGUCCCAACGGACCGCAAUACCCCCACUCUGACAUAGAUGACAGGGAGAGGUGGCCUUUGGUGUUUUACAACCGCACCUGUCAAUGUGCUGGGAACUUCAUGGGCUUCAGUUGCGGAGAAUGUAAGUUCGGCUACUUCGGUGCUAAUUGUGCUGAAAGGAGGGAAUCGGUGAGGAGGAACAUUUUUCAACUGUCGGUGACCGAGAAACAAAAGUUUAUCUCUUACUUGAACCUGGCAAAGAAUACCAUUAGUGAAGACUACGUGAUAGUAACCGGCACGUACGAACAAAUGAAUAACGGGACAAAUCCGAUGUUUGCGGACAUAAAUAUCUAUGACCUGUUUGUUUGGAUGCACUACUACGUGUCCCGGGACGCCUUAUUGGGUGGGGCAAACAAUGUAUGGACUGAUAUUGAUUUUGCACAUGAAUCGGCGGCCUUCUUGCCAUGGCACAGAGUGUACCUGCUGCACUGGGAGCACGAGAUCCGGAAGCUAACAGGAGACUUCAACUUUACCAUCCCCUACUGGGACUGGCGAGACGCGCAGGACUGCCAAGUCUGCACAGACGAGUUGAUGGGAGCACGGAGUCCACUGAACCAAAACCUUAUUAGCCCUGCCUCCGUCUUCUCCUCGUGGAAGGUGGUCUGCACCCAACCGGAGGAAUACAACAGCAGGGCCGCGCUGUGCAAUGGCACGGGGGAAGGACCCCUCCUGCGUAAUCCAGGGAACCAUGAUCGGAACCGGGUAAACCGAUUGCCUACCUCCGCUAACGUUGAGUUCGUGGUUAGCCUCAACGAAUACGAGACGGAACCCAUGGACAGGACCGCUAACAAGAGCUUCAGAAACGCCCUGGAAGGGUUUGCAAGUCCUGAGACCGGUAUGGCUGUCCGCGGGCAGAGUACCAUGCACAACGCUCUCCACGUCUUCAUGAAUGGCUCCAUGUCCUCUGUCCAGGGUUCUGCUAAUGAUCCCAUUUUCCUCCUCCACCAUGCCUUCAUCGACAGCAUCUUUGAACAGUGGCUGCGUAGGCACCAGCCUCCCCGGACUCAUUAUCCUGAAGAAAAUGCCCCCAUCGGACACAAUGAUGGCUACUACAUGGUCCCCUUCAUCCCCCUCUACAGGAACGGGGACUACUUCCUGUCCACCAAGGCACUGGGCUAUGAGUAUGCCUACCUGUUAGACCCAGGCCAGCGAUUUGUCCAGGAAUUUCUCAACCCGUACCUGGAGCAGGCCAGAGAGAUCUGGCAGUGGCUCCUGGGGGCCGGGAUCUUAGGGGCGCUGGUGGCUGGCAUUGUGGCCGCGGGCGUGGCCCUGGUCUGCCGGAAGCGGCGACAGAGGAAGAAGAAAAGGGCAUCGGCGUACGGGGAGAGGCAGCCCCUGCUCAACAGCAGCGAAGAGGAAGGCUCCAGCUCCUACCAGACCACGUUGUGAGGACACCACAGACAGGGGGCGCUGUGCACUGCACGUACACUUGCCAACUGGAAAAGACAUUCGAUGAGAAAAAGAUGCUCUACAGCAGUGGUGUCAAACUCGUGCCAUGGAGGGCCGUGUGUAUGCAGGUUUUCA